AAACACGAGUUCUUUGUGGACAUGACCUGUGAGGGCUGUUCCAAUGCAGUCACCCGUGUCCUGCACAGGCUGGGAGGUGUCAAUUUUGAUAUUGACCUGCCCAACAAGAAGGUGUACAUUGACUCAGAGCACAACGUUGACACCCUCUUGGAAACCCUCAAGAAGACUGGAAAGAAUGCUUCCUACCUUGGGGAGAAGUCUGCACAGUAGCCUUGCCUGGUGUGAGGAGCUAGGAACUCAAUCAUGACUUCAGCAAAAAGAUGCCUUAACAGUCUGCGUGUGUCCCAGCUUGCUGUGUCACUUGACCUUUGCCAGAUGUCAGAAAGCAGAGGGCUGGCAGGAGGAGACAGCUGGGCCUUGUGCUCCAGAAGUGGAGAGGGCUGGGGGAGGAGGUUGUGUGGUGUUUCUAGUCCCACAGUAAAUCAAGGCACUGCUUUUAACUUUC